AUGUACAUUGUAUGGUGUGUAUCCACGAACAAGAAUCCGCUAAGCAAGCGAAAUGUCUCCAUCCCGGAGGUAGUUCCGGCAACCGGUUGGACUUAUAUCAACGAAUACACAUCGGCCAAGCCUUACGACAAGACGAUCUACCAUCCGUCCGGCCAACGGCAAAUCUCCGAUUUGGGUGCCGCUGCUGUUCACCGAACUUCGGUCUUUUCAGGGUACAGAGACUGCCCCGGACGCCGUAAGGUUCUCGGUGUUAUCAAGGUUUCCGCGACUGAAUUGGAUAUCUUGUCCGAGUCCGGCUUACUUUAUGUUUUGCAAGAUGGGGUUCGCAACUGCCGAGUACCUUGUCUCAGUUCGAAACACAGUCAAACCAUGGCAGCAACCAACGCAGCCCAGGGAGUCUUUCAACUGUACUGUUGGGCAGGGCUUAACCCUACAUCAGGAACGGCUGUUGCAAUUGACAAGAUAACAUCCUCUCUUGGCAAGGGGAUCGUCCCGUACCCGAUUUGGUCUUUGCCUGUGCCUUGA